CCCCCCAUCCACAUGUAGCUGGUGACCUUAUCUGCUACCUUAGAAAGAAAUGGCGGCAAAUUACUGGGUGUCAACCCAACGCCGGAACUGGCUUUUCGAGCGAGAUCAGCUGGCAGAGAUUCGGAGAUCCCUCGAUGAAGGUGACAAGCAGAAACAGCUCAUACAACAAUUCCCGCUACCCGAUCUAAGGUACUUCAGCAUCUACAUCAAUCUACAGCUGGUCAGACUAGGGAAACGGAUGACAAUCCGCCAACAGGCACUUGCAACAGCACAGGUCUAUAUCAGGAGAUUCUACACCAAAGUGGAGAUUCGGAGGACAAAUCCUUAUCUCGUGCUUACAACCGCUUUCUAUCUGGCGUGCAAAAUGGAGGAAUGUCCGCAGCAUAUUCGAUUCGUCGUAAACGAGGCUAAGGGACUAUGGCCAGACUUCAUCGUCUCUGAUAUAUCCAAGCUCGGAGAAUGCGAAUUCUGGUUAAUCUCCGAGAUGAACUCCCAGCUGAUAGUCCACCAUCCCUAUCGUUCCCUUUCUGAACUCCAAUCUACCCUCUCCUUAACGUCAGAAGAGGCGUCUCUAGCUUGGUCAAUAAUCAACGACCACUACUUGACUGAUCUCCCGCUUCUCCAGCCACCACACGUCGUCGCAGUGACAGCCAUCAUACUCGCAGUGGGGCUCAAAACAAACACUAGCAGUAGUGCUCAUCUGACCGGUGCAUCGCCAGUUUCCGCCGCGCUUCGGGAUGGCGCUGGUGCAUUGGCUGCACUCAGUGACAAAAAUCUUCCUUCUCGCGCUCAAAUGCUGGUUGACUGGCUGUCGGCGGGAGAGGUUAACAUCGAGGCGGUUAUUGAAUGUACCCAGGAGCUUAUUUCCCUGUACGAGGCCUGGGAGCAGUAUAGUGAAAAGGGAUGUCGGGAGCAAAUCAGCCGAUAUGUUAAAGCACGAUCUCUCGAUAAGUGAUAGGGUUGCUGAUUUUACCCAACGGAUGAAUUUAAUUUUUGAAGAGGCUGUAUCAAAUGGCUGAUCGGUUGGACAACCGGAUACAUCAUCAAAAACCCAAUCAAUACUCGAAGCUGUGUGUGGACUUUCAAGAUAAAGAAACGGCAUAGUAACUCUAAGAUGAAUGCAAGGCUUCCCUCAAUAUCUGCUGCAUCAAUAACCCCACCUCUGUAUUACCUGAUAUAUGUAUGAAGCAAGCACCCAUACACGACAGAUGAGACCCAAGUUAUUCGAAAAAAGCCAGUCACGAUCCCAUUCUUCUCCCAACUCCACCAGCAACGCAAUCCCGGCUCCGUACCAUUCACACAUGUUGUCUUUCUGAAAACCUCUCAAUGGCGUAUCGAGGCGCCGCGUUCGUCCAGCACUCAGACCCCGCAGUUUUUUUCAAGUUCGUUCGUUGAAGUACGAUUUAGAGAUAGAUAUUCCAACCAGUUUAAUUUUUAGUUAAGUU